AAAUUAGGAAAUAAUCGUAAGCAAAAAAUAUAGAUUAUAUUAUCAAAUAUAUUUAUUGUAAAUUCUCUAAUUAUUUAUUAUAGAAAUAUAGAUAUGAACUCUAACUCUUAAAAGCUAGACUAUGAAUAAAGGCUAGCUUAGCAUUAACAACCAAAGUCUAGAUUAGUUUAACUAUAUAAAGGUGGAAGCAACUAAUAGAUUGAUUCAACAAAUCAUUAUCAAAGUUAGUAAUCUAAUAACAAUAACAUGUACGGCUCCUCAUAAAAUAAAUUUAUAUCUUAAUUAUACUCAAAAGGAUUGCAUGAAAACGAUUUUAACAAAAAAUAAAGCAAAUUAGAAAUGAGUAAAAAGGAUAGUUCAAAAAUUAUUGUGGGAUAAAACUCUAUGCUAGGAAACUCUGCUGAUUUUAUUUUCAAAACUCCUCCAGACUAAUUUACAAAAAAAAAAUUUGUUAUAAGCAAUAAAUAAGCUUCAGUUCAAAUUAUAAAACCAGAAUACAAUUUAAGUCAAGGAGCUGAUCCUCAUCCGUUUGCCUAUAAUAACGUAAGUGGCUCUCUUUAGAGAUAAGAUUUAAAAAAAAUCCCUCAAUAAAUUAAUUAUGGAAGUGACAAAAGAAAAUAAUCUCUUUAGAAUUAAAAUUUUUCAGCUUAUCCAACAAAUUAAAAUAAAGAAAAUGAUACCUAAAAUUAAAAUGAAGUUCGCUUACCCAAACUAGAUUCGUAUCCUAAUUCUCCCCCUAUAUACAGAAUGGCUCAGAAGAUUGAAGAAAGCUAAUCAACAUAAAAAAUUAAAAAAAUGAAUGGCGAAUAAGAUAAUUUCAAACAAAGUGUUAAUAAAGAAAGAAGAUCUUCAUAAGCAUAAUCUAAUAGUACUUCAAUAAAUGAUUUUGAUUCAACUGCUACUAGCCCUUAGUUAUUAGCUUAUUAAAAAUCUCCAUAGCUUUAAUAGAUUUAAGGAAGCAAAAAUUACUAUCUGUAGAAAGAUAAUUCUGAAAAUACGGCUGACUCUUCUUCUGAGUAAUAAAAUAAUACAAACUCUCCUAAUUCUAUAAAUGGAUAAUCACCUAAGACAGUUGUUGGACAUAGCCCAAGAUACAACAUUAUUAAGUAUAAGUAAAAUUAAAACCAGUCAAAAAUAAAUAACCAGUAGUAGUAUGAUUAGAAGAAAACUGAUGAUUAUCCCAACCAAUUAAUAAGACCUUUAAUUCAAUCACCAGAUAUAUCAGAUAGCUCAAUUAAUUCAAGCCUAAUUAAUAAUUCAUCAGAUUUAGUUUAAAUUAAAAAAUUUGAAAAAAAGCUAAAGCUAAUUAAAGAAAGCAAUGAAUUACCUUCUUUUAAAGAAAAAAAAUAAAACGAGUUUUAAAUUCCACAAAGAGAAGUAAACUCUAGUUUGGCUAGUUAUCAAUAACAAAUUAUAUAAUAAAUGUCAUCAUCGAAUCAAAGAAAGAACUAAUUAAAUAAUAAUUUAUAGAGUAAUAAACUUGCUGCAAAUAAGCCUCAUAACUAGAUUGCAAAAUUUAAGUAUCCUCAGAUGAACUCAAUAUUAAAAACUAAAGCUGGUUAGUACUCAUAAUUCAUUAGAAAGUAGAAUUAAGAUGCUGGCUUACUUCAACUAAAUUUUAUGGGAGAUAAACACUGCAGCUUAUCUGGAGUAUUUGAUGGUCAUGGCGAAUAUGGGACUUAGGUAUCAAAUUUCGUAAAAAAGGGCAUAUAAAAACACUUAAUGAAGGAGAUUAAGCAAAGUGGAGGAUUAGAAGGAGAAAAUUUAGAUAUUCCUAGCUGUUUUAGAAGGGCAUACUAGUAAACUAAUAAAGAGCUUUUAGGUUAAACUUAAUUUGAUGUGUAAAUGAGUGGAUGCACAGCAGUAACAGUUCUAUAAUAUAGAAAUGAAAUUUAUUGUGCUAAUACUGGAGAUUCUAGAGCUAUUGCUAUACGUUAAACACCAAAUAACGAAUGGAGAUAAGUUGAACUUUCUAAGGAUCAUAAGCCAGAGGUUCCUGAAGAAAAGGCAAGAAUAAAUGCAAAUGGAGGAAGGGUAGAAUAAAGUAUGAACGAAGAUGGAGAGAAGGCUGGAAUUUACAGAGUUUGGAAAAAAAACAUGGAUUUACCAGGACUAGCAAUGAGCAGGAGUAUGGGAGAUUCAGUUGGUAGGGAAUGUGGAGUUAUAUGUGAUCCAGAUAUAAUUUAGCAUACCUUAACAGACGAUGAUAAAAUGAUUAUUAUAGCUUCUGACGGAGUAUGGGAAUUUCUCUCUAAUGUAGAUGUUACUAAAAUAAUAACACCCUACUUCAGAGACAGUAAGAUAAGUGAAGGAGUAGAUAGAAUAAUAUCUAUUUCUCAUAAAGAAUGGUUAAAGGAAGGAGAUUCGGUAGACGAUAUCACUUGCAUAGCAUUUUUUAUUCAGGGACUAAAAGAAGGUUAUGAAGAUAAUAAAUGA